UGUGUCUCCGCACUUCCGCAGUCAUUCAUUGCGCCUCCAUUGGACUCGUCCCGCAAGCUGCUUUCCUCCUGUGGCGGUUUGGACGAUGUUUGGGUGCAGAGCAGCCUGGCAGAGGUGUGGGCCUCUGGCGCGACAGUCCCUGAACCGCGCGCAGCUCAGUAGAAAUGUAGUUCCACGGAGGCUCAUGUCGUCGGUUCCUGGCGGCUCCGGUGAGAAUUUCCUUUAUGUCGUCCUCUGCGGUGGAGCUUUCGCAGGUGCCGUGGCAUAUGCUUACAGAACAGUUGCAACAGACCACGCACGUUUUGUUGAUCGUGUUUCUGAAAUUGAUGCUCGUCCCAAGUCUGACUGGAAACCCAAACCAUGGCCACCCAAGAGUGAGGAGAAUGGCAAUGAAGAAGCUAGUGCAGAGGAAGGAGAGGUGGCAGAAACUGUAGAGGCUGCAGUAGAGGAGGAUGUUCCUGCCGAGGCACCUGAGGUCUUGCUGGAAACAGCCGAAGCCACCACAGGGAAGACGGGAACUCUUGAGACCGUCGUGGAAAAGGUUGCCGAGACGGUUGCAGAGACUGCAGAGGUGGUCGCUGAGGUGGCAGGGGUUGUUCAUGAAACCGCAGAGGAGGUGGCAGCGGUGGCAGAAGAAGUGCAGAGGGUAGCAAAGGAAGUAGAAGCAGCAGCAGAGGCUGUCGUCACUCCUGUUAUCCAAGCUGAAGAGCCGGCGUCAGAGAGCAAUGGGUCGGUUACUACAGCCGCAGCAGAAACAAUAGAGCUGGCUGCUGCCUCCGUGAUCGAGACUGGUCUUCUGGAGUCUGGAUCAGUGGAGGAUGUGUCAGUUAAAGCACUACCAGAGAUGCCCACUGAGGUGACUACAGCAGAUCAUUUGGAAAAUGUACCAGUAACAGAGGUGGCACCUGUUGCUCCAGUGAUGGAGGAGGAACCAGCUUCUCAAGUAGCAGAGGCCCCAGAUGCCGCUAUAAUAGUAGAGCCUCCUGUAGCAGAGCAAUUGUCCAUUCCUCCAGUUUCCAAUGUUGUAGGUGAGCCUGUUGCCACAGUGAUUGAAGCAGCACCAGUUUCCCCAGUUGUAGAAGAACCAGCUGUUGCAGCAGUGGAAGAAGUGACUCCAGUUGUAAAGGAGACACCAGCUGAUUCUCCAGUACUCUCAGAAGAAGCAUCUGAUGUCCCUGUGAUAGAAGAGGAAGUCUUGUUUGCCCCAGUGAAAGAAGAGACACCUAUUACCCCAGAAACAGAAGAGGUAUCAGUUACCCCAGUGACAGCAGAGACAUCUAUUGCCCCAGAAGCAGAGGAGGAAUCAGUUGCCCCACUGAUAGAAGAGGUGCCUGUUGCCCCAGAAGCAGAAGAGGAAUCAGUUGCCCCACUGAUAGAAGAGAUGCCUGUUGCCCCAGAAGCAGAAGAGGAAUCAGUUGCCCCACUGAUAGAAGAGAUGCCUGUUGCCCCAGAAGCAGAAGAGGAAUCAGUUGCCCCACUGAUAGAAGAGAUGCCUGUUGCCCCUGUGCCAGAAGAGGCAGCUGUUUCCUUUGUAACUGAAGAAGCUCCUGCUGUUGUUGCUGAAGACGCACCUGUUGUAGCAACUGAAGAACUCGAUGAAACACUUGCAGUGGCAGAAGAGGAUAUUCCAGUGGUUGAGGAAGUGAAGGCAGAAGAGGUGAAUGCUGGAAGUGCAGUUGUGGAGGCCCCAGUAAGUAAAGUCGAGGAACAAGCAGCAAGUCCAGUUGUGGAAGUUACAAAAAGUGUUGUUGAACCAGAUGUUCCUAGCAUAGUGGUUACUGAGGAAGUUGCUCCAGCUGAAACAUCAAGUGCACCUUUGGAAGAGCCCAAACGAGACUACAUAGUGGUUAUCUUGGAGGGAGCUCCCAAAACAGAAAAGAAGCCAAUGGUGCUCGGUGUGUCACCCGUGACUGGCAAGAUCAUCCCAGCCCCUGAUGAUAGUGAAGAUCCAUUGGGACAGGUAACAGGGCAAGCGCCGUUUGCUUAAAGUGCAGAUGUAUUAACAACAACUAAAAAAGUUGGGAGCAGUCCGAUGUCCUGGGAUAGUCCUAAUGUCCUGAUAAACAAUUAGUGAUGUGCCUUCCCCAUUCCCUUGACCCCCUGGAUUCCAGUAAUCCUUACACUGAGCCCAAAAUGCUGUUUCCUCCCGACUAAGCUCAAAAUAACACUUUAUAUCCACUGACAUGCUCUCCACUGGAGAGUGGUUACUUCAUGUGAACAUUCACUUCAUGUUGAUGUGAGACAAAAGUUCUUUGACAGUUAUAAUAUACAUGAAAAGCUGUGACCUAUAUUUAUAGCCUUUUUAAAUGGAACUCCACUCUUUUUGACUCAACUGCACAUUGGAGCCUAUAUUAGUGAACCCUACCUCAAGCAUCACAUUAUAGGACAUGUCUUGGAAUUGGCAUGUCAAUAGUUACAACCAGCAGGGCUACAAAUUUGCCACAAGCACUGUCAUACCUGCAUGCUGGCCAACAGUUUUCUGGUUCUCCUCUGUCUUCAAUCUAUUUCAUUUGUUUUAUUUAUGAAUUGACACUAUUAUUUUUUAUACCUCUCUACCUCAGCUUGAAAAGACAGUGUUGUUCUUUUUCCAGUCACCAGUAUUAUAGAAACCAGCUGGCAUUACCAAUGUGACAUGACUAGUCAAUAAAAACAACUUACAAACAGAUAACAUUAAGCAAUAUAGUAAACACAACGAUAAGCCAUGUGACAAGUCACAUUCCAGUAUUCAUUUCUAAAGCAAGUUUCUACAAUGUUAUCCAAAAGGCAGACCUCACUGUUGCACUCCUUUGCCUUUGUUUUCCUGUUCUCUCUUCUCCUGUGAUUUAUAAAACAUGUUGUUUGGCAAAUACAUAAAUAAAUUCCUUUGCUUGAUGUGGCAAAA